ACUCUUAUUUUGUUAAUUUUGAACGUUUUUUCUUCAAUUAUUUUACUCAUCUAAAUCGCUUUAAGGACUCUAGAGAGGCUUUAGUAAGGCAUUUAUUAUAACCAUGAAGCGAAGGUUCCCAAGAGCAAGGCAAAAAGCUAUCAUCAAGAAGUUUGAGAGCAAAGCAAGGCUUGCAAAAAGCGUUGACAUAUUGAUAUUUUUAGAUUAUAUGAUGUUUUUACGAAGACUUGCUUUAGAGGCAAAUGUACAAGCUAAAGAAAACAAGGAAAGGACUAUAGAAGCUCACCACAUAAACGAAGUGUUAAAGAAAACACUUAAGACGUGCAGAGGGUAGGAUGUCAUGUUGAUAAUAUAGAGGAUAAAUACAUAUCUAUCAAAGGAGGCAUGCUGGAACUGCCAACUUAAACAUAGAUGAUUAAUCAUACCCCAUGUCGUUGGAUGUAGUCUAAUUAUUAUUGAAACCUCUUACCGUAUCAGCCUUUCUUGAGCAACUUCUUUUAGGAAAACUCUAUUCUCUAAUAAAUCACACGUGAAUUAUUUUUAUGCUAAAUUUGAAUCCCAUUUAUUACAUUAUAAGACAGUCAUUCACAACAUUAAUUUUUGACAACACAGCAGGAAGUCUCUACAGGUGUUGUAGAUUAUUAUUCUAAGUCUUUAAUUUUAUAUUUGUAUCUCUAUACAAUACAUGAAAUUAAAAUCGCAAUCUUAUUA